UCGAGGUUCCAAACGCCAACAAAGUCGUCCAAAUUACUUUUGCGCCCAUUCUUUUUCAUUUCAUCGCGAUGGACUGAACGAACGUUCCCAAGCCCAAGCAAGAGACGUCUCGCCGAUUUCCAGACAGCGGCAGUGCAGGCAGUAUAUCGAAGUGUUGCUCCAUUAGUUCUUGUUUGAAGUUAACGAUGGCAAUGUAUAUCCGAAUCAAGCGCCAUAAGACGACCUACUUUAUCCAGUGCGAUCCUAUUGAGACAACUUUAAAUAUCAAGCAAAAAUUAGAGUCCCUUAUUGACCAACCAGUAGUUGAUCAGCGCUUGAUCCUGGUGGGGAGUGGGGAAGUAUUGGAGGAUUCAAAGACACUGGCUGAUCAGAAGGUCGAAAAUGACGCAGUUGUGGCUCUAACGUUGCGAAAAGAUGAUAACGACUUUGAAGAGAUCGACAUCAUCCAGCCAAAUGAUUUCUACCAAUCUCGUGAUGCCGAUGCUGGCAAUUGGUAAGGAUUGAAUGCUUCUACUGUGGGUAGUAUAUGAUGUUCAGCCAUCAAUGUACUGUUUAAACCACUUUUCUUUCUGUUGAGUGGAAUUGAAAAAGAUGGAAAAGAAAGUAUGCUUUAUGCAGGAUUAGAUAUCGAUUACUCCGUGCUUUCUAUUUGUUACCCUGUUAAGUGGUACCCUCCAAGAGUUGCAUUAGUGAUUGAACUCAUCCAUGUAUCGCUGAUACAAGUACUAUAUAACGAGUUGAGGAUUUUGAAUAUGACUUUCUAAA